GCUGUAAUUGAAUAUAUUAAAUCGGCAAGUAGAAGUAUGUCUUCGACUAGUGUUGAAUAUCCACCAGAUUGUAAGCCAGUUAAUGUGAAUUGUUCUAAUACAGAAUUGUUGAAGCGUUUAAAGAUUCUCAGUGAAGCUUUGAAAAAUGAAAUUGCUAAUAAGGAGAAUGGCAUUCCAAAUCGUUUCACGGAUCUUAUGCUUCAUCUUACCAAAUCACAGUUUAUUAGCAACAAAAAUAAGGAUGUAAAACUGUUGUUAGGGUGCUGUAUAGCAGACAUUUUUCGUAUGUUUGCUCCUAGUACACCGAUUCAAGAUUUGUCGAGACUUAAGGCAUGUUACAAUUACAAAUUGCUUAACUUUUUUAGAUGUAAAGAUGUAUUAUUAUUAUUUACAACAGUGAUAGGAAACCCCCCAGAUAAGAAAACUGCAAUGUACCAGUGUUAUUUGUAUUUCAUUGAGGCUAAAACAAUGCAGUUGGCCUUGAGAUUAGAUGAUGAUGCAUAUAUAAUUUUGCAUAAUUUAAUUAAAAAGUCAUUCAAUAGCAUGAAUGAAAAAAAUGCUGAUGAACACAUUCAAGGAAUGAUGGUAGGAAUGUGCUCCAAGUUGAUUCAGAAGGUGGAUCAGAUCUCAAAUAUCAUCUUGGAUGCAAUUUUUUUCUUCAUCGUACAACCUCAAAAGAUUAAUAAUCGUGAAUCUUAUCGUAUGGCUCGAGAUUUAAUACGAACAAACCAGAUGACUUUAGAACCAUAUAUCGCUGUGCUAUUAAAACGAGGGCUAGAGACAGGUGUUUUGGAUGACUGUGAACUAAUAUCGCGAAAAAAAUUGUUCGAUUUAAUUUGCGAAUUGGGCAGAUUUGCUCCUGAAAUAAUUUCAUCCGUGUUUCCAUCGCUUAUCAAACAGCUUCAUAGUGAUGUUGUUACUGCACGCCGUGAAGCAGCUCGUUUAUUUGGUAGCCUUUUUGGAGAUCAGAAUUCUCAUUUGGCUGAAGAUGAACCUGAUGUUUGGGACAAAUACAUGAAACGGUUUGCAGAUGUUGAUACUGAAAUUCGUCGUAUAUGCGUGAAAGAUGCUGAAAAUAUUCUUGUUUUUCAUCCCGGAUUAAGGGGUGAAGUUACAGAUGCUGUUAUAUUGCGUUCUCAAGAUGUUGAUGAAAACGUGAGGCUAGAAGUUAUCACUAUGGUACAGAGACUCACAAAACGGAAAUUUGAAGCAAUAAGUGAAAGACUUCUCACGCAUGUCAUCGACAGAAUACGAGACAAAAAGGCAAAAAUUGUUCUGAUUAACAUGAUCAGAGUGCGACAUACAGCAAUACGCGGACUUUCCCAACUACAUCGCACAGUUUUUACCGACGACUCAUUGACAGUUCUAGAACGUUCCUCUGUUUCGAGCAUAUUUUCUUCCAUCAUGAAUCAUUACUUUCAGCCAAUUCCAGGAGAUAGAGCACUGGAGCAAAUCUUAGCAAAGCAGUCGUUUCAAAAACGACUUCUGCAUGACCUUGUUGUAUUGAUUGAUUUAAAUGAUAAUGGUCAAAAAAGCGAAGCAAUUGACGAUAUUGUGAAACGUAUUGUUGAAUGUAAUCCUGAUCCAGCAAAAUUUUCACUUUCUUUUAGACAUUUUAUGACAGCCUUGUCCAAUGAUAAGCAGAUGAUGUUAUUCAUGAAGUAUAUAACAGGAGAUGAUUAUACUUGCAAAAAAGUUGAAGCAGCUGUUUUCGAAAUUUUGCAACGUUUACAAAAGCACAAGGUAUCAUCAGAAUGUAUCGAUUCCAUAAAAUGUCUGUUUGAAUGUUGUUCUCCACUUCAAUUUGAUCAGAUUGCAGUAUCAUUUUUAAUUCACAGAGUGGUUGCAUUAAUAAAAACUAGUGUUGACAGUAACGAGCUCAGCCAAUACAGCAAAUUGAUUAAGCUUCUAAAGAUAGUUGCAGAUGCAUACGCACAUUGUUUUGUUAACCAGUGUGCACUGGAAAACUUGGUGAAAUUAAUGGAUAUUGAGAAUUUUCCUGGAAUUGAAGAUUUUCUUUCGCUGACGAUAACAAUCUCUGCUGAACUUAGGAAGAGUGAAUUUUUGGAUAAAAAUAUAGUAGCCACAUUUGUGAAAUAUUGUGAAAGCAUUGUUUUCGAUUGUUCUCCUCGUGCUGCUAAAUAUGCUGUUCGCUGUAUUUCAAAAUUGUUGGAUACUGAGCGAGCUCGAGUGAUUCUGGGGAAUAUUUUUCAAAAAACUGUACUACGUGUUUCGACAUCGAAUCCAAAUUGCUGUACGGCACUAGAGACACUGAAUGCCUGCGUGGAAGUGAAUCCUAUGCAGUUCUGCAGCGAGCUUCAUGAAAUACUCAAAUCGAAAGUUAUGGAAAUUUUGUUUGAUAUAGAAGAUUGUGGUAAUGAUAUUGAUCAAGACAGUUCAGAGCAAUUGAAUGAUGAAGUAGCUCUGAAUAACAAUUAUGUAAAAAUCAAGUGCAAAUCACAAACAGGUUUGCAAUAUAAACACUGUAAAAUUCAAAUCCAUGAAUUUGGAGCAUUUCAGAAACAAUGCUUGAAAUUUAUUGCGAAGUUUUUGGUAUCUGUAGCAAAUUUUUCGACUUGCGAUGUUGACCCAGCAGCUAAACAUAUUUUGCAGUUUUAUUCUUCUUUGCUGAAGAAUAAAGGAAAUAUUUUCAAAAAACAGUGUGGCCAAAAUCAUAUGGCUGAGCUUCGUUUAGUUGCUGGAAAUUCCAUGUUGAAGCUUGCAACAAAACCACGCUAUGCUAAAUUUUUCAGCAUCAGCGAUUUUCUUUCAUUAUCUACACUUGCUUAUGACCAAGUAUGCGAGAUUCGGCGUCGAUUUUUUGCUAAAUUAAACAAACAUUUGAUCACUCUUCAUUUGCAUGUCGAAUAUAUGGGAUUGUUUGCGCUCGUUGGUUUGGAUGAUGAUGAAGGUUUCAAAAAUAAAAUACGCGUUUUCAUAAAUGCUAAUAUUACUAAAAGACGCAAAUAUAUGGAAAGAUGGAGCACUGAAGGCGUUGCACUAUGUUAUCAACCGGAAUAUUGUCUUGCAUAUGCAGUUUACGUUCUUUCAAAGCUGCCGACAUUUGAAUCUAUCGAAUGUGAAUCGGAACUUCGUCGACUCUCAAAGUACGCUCUAUAUUUUUAA